GGUCUCAAACGACAUAUACUGACAGACAAUUGCAUCGACAAAGACAUGGAUGACGUGCAGCUCUAUCUCGUCGGUACCUCUAGCAGCUUACUUCGUGGCCAUCUAUCCAUUCGUGGUAUUCUCUGCGAUAGAGAUACCAUUGAAGUACGAGUCAAAUAUCGGAUCAGCUCUUCGAUGGCCAGAAUUAAUAGGACUAGAAGUUCGUCGAUUGAGUGCUUAAAUAUUAUGAAAUUGGCGAAAACAAUGGCACCACAAGUGGAACCGCAACCAUCACCUCCGGGAAGUGACCACCAGUCGGACCAAUGGCUGCGCGUAUGCCCUGAACCGGGCUGUGGCUAUAGGACUGCAUCCAAACAAGACUUUAAUCACCAUAAGUUGAUCCAUAGGGCGCGCUGUCAACUGUGUUUCUACACGUUUAAGAGUAUACACCGAUUGAACAAACAUCACCUCAGAUCACAUCCCAAUGACUUCCCAACCAUUCCGUGGAUUACUUGUCCGCACAAUGGCUGUCGAAGAAUGGCAUCGAAUCCCAUGACUGUAUUGGUGUCAGUGAAGACAUUGCGCUCAGAAGUAGAGGACUAUUGGUUUCCAUUACCGCCGACACUGAAGACAAUCGAUUGUCUUAAACGACAAAUACUGUCCAAUGAUUGCAUCGACAAAGACAUGGAUGACGUGCAGCUCUAUCUGUGCGAUGGCUUACUUCGCGGCCACUCAUCCAUCGGUGAUGUCCUCAUAAACAGGGAUUGCAUUGAAUUGCGUGCCAAACGGCGGAUCAGCUCUUUGCCCAACACUACUGUUGGUCACCAAAUGAAGGCAGAGCCAGCGCUUGAGUGCAUUACUGUCGAGGAUUCAGAUGACGAGACAAUGGGUGACACAUCGGGUGUUCAGACUAUUGUUAAGACCGAACGCAUAUCUGGGAAUCAAGAGGUCCAGCGACGGCCACUAACAACAUCAGUGGUGGCGGUGAUGGCAACUGCACCGGCGCAGGACUACCGGGUCGGUAAUGAGUGCCCUCCAUUAAAUGGUGGACAUGAACUUAUAUUAGAACUGGAGGAAUGGAUUCAAUGCCAGACAAUGGCAAUAGAGAAAAGAAUGGCAUCGAAUCCCAUGACUGUAUUGGUGUCAGUGAAGACAUUGCGCUCAGAAGUAGAGGACUAUUGGCAGCCAUUACCGCCGACACUGAAGACAAUCGAUUGUCUUAAACGACAGAUACUGUCCAAUGAUUGCAUCGACAAAGACAUGGAUGACGUGGAGCUCUAUCUGUCCGAUGGCUUACUUCGCGGCCAUUCAUCCAUCGGUGAUGUCCUCAUAAACAGGGAUCGCAUUGAAUUGCGAGCCAAACGGCGGAUCAACUCUUUGCCCGACUCUACUGGUGGUCACAAAUUGAAGGCAGAGCCAGCACUUGAGUGCAUUACUGUCGAGGAUUCAGAUGACGAGACAAUGGCUGACACAUCGGGUGUUCAGACAAUUGUUAAGACAGAAAGCAUAUCCGGGAAUCAAUUGAAUGGCAACGACAAGCCAUCGAUAGUUUCCUUCACAUCUGUGGCCAAUCAUUUGGAGAUCUCUUCGCCACCAAAAGUGGUCAACUCUUCAGUGGUCAGCACUUCUGGCUAUAAUAAGUGUAAAAGUGUUGUGAAUGAGUGCGUCACUAUCGAGGACUCGGAUGACGAGUCAAUGAGUGUCCGAUCGGGUGUUCAGACCGUCGUUAAGAUCGGAAAUCAAUUGAAUGCUUUGCCAGAAAGUGGAAACAAAUGGGCAACGAUUUUCAAUUGGGAUCCAAUUGUGAGUGAAUCACAAGCCAAUAGUGAUGCGCCAAAAGUGAUAACUAAAUCGGAGGCCAAACGAAAACCAGAGGCAAAAACGGUCGACAAAUCAAUGAAUGUGUCCAAAGAUCGGGUGAUAACCGAUACUACGGCCAGUAUGUCGUCGGCAGCGGUGGUCAGCACAAGCGUUGCCACCAAAACAAUGAGACCCAAAGCCACUGGACAUCUAAGGCGAGCGCCGGGAAGUGGUCGCCGAAGUGGUGGCCGUAAGUUGCGUGGGAUUCGGUGCCGAAGACCCGGAUGUAAUUACGAGUCCUUUAACGUGACUGAUCUGCGAAACCACGAGUGCGGCCGUUAUCUCAAAUGGCAGUUAUGUGGCGGUAAGGCUCGUCUAUCAGCGCAUCACAUCCGAUCGCGUGCUGACCACUCGGCGGCCACUCAAUGGUCUGAUUGCCCGAUGAAUAUCUGUUUGUUUAAGAUUAAAGAUGUGGCUCACAAUUGA